AUCUCUAUUCAAUUCAAAUUGCAAUGGCUCGUACUAAGCAAACAGCACGCAAAUCCACCGGAGGCAAAGCACCAAGGAAGCAGUUAGCAACAAAAGCUGCUCGGAAAUCAUCACCGGCAACUGGAGGAGUGAAGAAGCCACACAGAUUCAGGCCAGGAACUGUUGCUCUUAGAGAAAUCAGGAAGUACCAGAAGAGCACUGAGCUUCUUAUAAGGAAGCUUCCAUUCCAGCGGCUAGUGAGGGAAAUCACUCAGGAUUUCAAAACUGAUCUCCGAUUCCAAAGCAGCGCUGUUUUUGCUCUACAAGAAGCUGCUGAAGCUUACCUUGUUGGUUUGUUCGAAGCAACACAAACCUCAGGGGAAAAGAUGCAUCAGAACAGUCGAAAGUUGAAGCUUCAACCAUUGAUUUUUCUAAUAUCAAACCAGGGCUCGCUGCAGAUGUGAAAUUCGGAGGAUGCGGUGCGUACCCAAAUCUGCCUUGGGUAUCAACCACAAACUCAAACAGGAGAACAA